AUGGCUUCACCAUUAACCAUGUCGACUCCGCCGUCCUCCAAUGACCUACCCGGCCUCCCACUCGAGCUCUGGCUUCACAUUUUUGAGAAUCUUGGGCCACUAGAGAACUUGCUGUGGCAAAAGCCAUAUCCUUCGCCGUUUGUGGACAACAUCAACGACCAGAUCGACCCCGACACUAUUGCUACCCUAUUUUCCUCAUCCAAAGUCAGAAAACUUCUCUAUAAAACCCCAGGCCUCACCUUAUCACAAAUUGGGAAUGAACUUUCAACGUUUCUAAAUCCCCUAUUCAGACCUGACACUCCGAACCCUUUUCAGGAAUGGGAUCAGAGCCUAUCAGCCGUCAUCAAGCUCACCAACAGCUUCCGAAAGAUCGACAGUGCCGCGUGUUACUACAAAGGCAUUAGGGGGUUGCCCGUCCCGUUGGAUAGCCAGCCCGAGGCACCCGGAUCCGAGAUCAAGAAAUUCCUUGUCACCUUGAUCUAUGAAACGAUCUUACUGGACUUAUUCACUUACCGUGAUGGUACCUUGUUCAACCCAAGAACAUCCAUCCUGGACUCGGCGGCAUGGGAGGCAUGGGAGGCAUGGGAAGCAUCCAAACCGACUCUCGAAAACGUUGACCUACCCUGCUGGCGAUACUCUUCAGAUCAGUCUUGUACAUUGGUUAGCAAUGACCGUUGGGCGGUGUUUGUUGCAGUAGUAACCGUUGCUAACCUCUAUGGACGGAAAGAGGACGCCGAAAGGGGAUAUAACCGACUGAUGCCUGUAGAGUUAUGCGGUGAUACUGUAAUAGACGACUUGGCGAAUUGGGAUCAAUUAUAUUCGUUCACGGCCGAGACCCUAGAUUAA